AUGCGCGCCCCAAAACUCGCUCGAGUGCUUCUCGACACGAACAUCCAUCGUCGGACGACCCGCGGAUUGUCGAAAACGACCUCAAUCACACCCGAAUCGUCAUCAAACAAAGAAGAUGCUGUGUUGUCCCACUGCGACCCUUUACACAAGGAAACCGUCUCGCGCGCGAUCGAGCGAGGUGAGCGAGCGCUCGAACGCUGGUCCGUGGAGACGACGGAGUUCAUGGACCCUGGAGCGAUGACGAGCGUGGUGUCUAGCGUACGGGCGCGAUUCGGGGACGAGGUAGCGAUCGAGCAGUGGGGUGGUUUCAGCGCGGCGGAGCGAAGACGAGCGACGAUAUCGCGGAGCGAAACUCCCGCGAGCGACGAAGAGGUACGAGCGAAUGUAAAAGUUUUGAGGGUGAGCGGGAACUUUAUGUUCGACGCGGCGACGCACAGGGAUUUUCUGGGGGCGAUUUUGGGGACGGGGAUCAAGCGCGAGCGCGUCGGUGACAUCGUCGUCACGGGCGAGCGCGGCGCGGAUGUCAUGGUGACGCCGGAGAUGUGUGAAUUUUUAUCCACGGCGCUGACAUCAGUGAGAACAGUAAAAGUAGAGGCGCGAGAGGUGGAUGCGUCGGAGUUGAAGGUGCCGGAGCCGAAGACGGAGGAGAUGCAGACGUCUGAGUCUAGCACCCGACUUGACGCCAUCGGGAGCGCCGGAUUUCGCAUGAGUCGGUCAAAAUUCAUGGCGCACGUCGAUUCUGGUGAUGUCAAGGUGAAUUGGAAGGAGGUGUCAAAGGGUAGGCACGACUUGAACGCCGGUGAUGUGAUUAGUUGUCGUGGUAAAGGUCGCGUCGAGGUGCUGGAGAUCAAUCCGGCGCGAAAAGAGGGACGGUUCUUUGUUCGGCUCUUACGGUUCGUCUAG